GUUGAACUACAUGAAAUUGUUAUAUUCGUCUCGAAAUCGCCAUGUUUUCAUCAAGAUUGUGAUCCAAAAUGUGAAGUGGUCGACGAGUGUAAGAGUAACAAGGCUUGUGCGAAACUAUUGGGACUUCUACUGAGUAAGGUUCGGAAAGAGCUGAAAAAAGUGGAUGUGAAGAUGACUGUGAAAUUCCUCUAUCCUCAUCUAAACCGAGGAGAUCUCUACACGAAACAAGGAAUUCUUUGCAUGCUGCAAGCUGGAAUAAAGGUAUAUUGUUAG